AUUUUUUUAAAUCGACGUGGAAUUUCAGUGAAUGUAAGAAGCAAUUUCAAAAUUCAAUUUUUCCUACACUAAUACAUUGAAAGGAUGAUUCGAAUUCUACUCAUAAUUUAUGCUGUAAGUCGAGCAAAAACUCUACAUAUUUCAGAUAUUAUUGGUGAACUUAAAGACGGUCCGAUCGAUGGCUGUGUCAAUUCUAAAAGCCAGUGUAAUCCGCAUCUUGCAAAUCCGUGUUGUCAACAAAAUAAUACAUGUAGAUUACACGAAAGGAUGAACAUUGGAAUGAUAUAUGCCUGUUUAGAAUUAAUAUAUUUAGGAGGAUAUUGUGUAAAUGUAAUAGAUUGUUUGAGUAUAGACCAUUCAAUAUGUAAUAGCAAUAACGAGUGUGAAUGUAGGCCUGGCUUUGCUGCAGUAAACAAAAUAAAAUGCGCACCACUAAUUACUAGUCCCUGCUGGACAGAUGAUGACUGUAUGGUGAAAAAUUCUAUUUGCAUAAACAAUAAAUGUACUUGUAAACCUGAAUUCGUAUCAUACUUUAAGGACUAUUGCAAACCAACGGCAUUGGGGAAAUUUUGUUCAAAUGAUUACGAUUGUGGAGAUAUGAUGCGUAUAAUGUGCUCUAAUAAAAAAGCGUGUGAGUGUAAGCCAAAUCAUGUUAUACAAAAUAAUGCUACAUGUGCACCACUUUUGGGCGGAUUCUGUGAAAAUGAUAAUGCAUGUGCAAACGAAGAUCUCAUUUGUAUAAAUAAUCGAUGUCAAUGUAAAAAUGGCAAUUCACCUACAUUUAAUAAAGGAUGUAUACCGAAAUUAUUAGAAAUAACUUGUAACAAUGAUUAUGAUUGUAAAGAUCUAAUGCAUAUGAAAUGCUCGGAAAAUAAAAUAUGUACUUGUAGACCACAUCAUAUUAUAAAAAAUGAUGGUACAUGUGCAUCACUUUUAGAAGGAUAUUGCCAGCAUGACGAACAAUGUGGAGUUGAAAAUUCUAUUUGCAGUGAAAAUAAAUGUCGAUGCAAAAAUAAAUAUAUAUUAACAUCUCUCGAAACAUGUUCACCAACACCACUUGGAGAACGCUGUCACAAAGAUAACGAUUGUAAUAAAACAUUUUAUACUAAAUGUUCAAAUGACAGCAAAUGUGUUUGUGAAGAAAAUUAUAUUGCAAUAAAUGAUACAUUAUGUGCACCGCUGUUAGGAGCAUUUUGUUCGCAAAAUGAACCAUGUGGAGUAAAUAACUCCGACUGUAUUGAUAAUGCAUGCCAGUGCAAAGUCAAUUUCAAAUCUAUAUUCAAUAACAAAUGUGUACCAACAAAAUUGGGAAAGCCCUGUGCAAAUAUAUUGGAUUGUGAAGAUAUUUUGCAUCUACAGUGUACACAGAGUCUUAAAUGUGAAUGCAAAAAAAAUCAUAUCAUAAUGAAUAACUCCACGUGCUUGCCACUUCUAGAUGAAUACUGUUGGGUUUAUGAUAAAUGUGCACCCGAAAAUUCUAUUUGUUUAUCGGAUACUUGUCAAUGCAAACCCAACUACUCACAGAGAUCUAACAACCAAUGCAUUCAAAUGCAAAAAGUGUAAUUAUGCGCAACAUUAUUACACUGAUGAGAGAUUAAUAAUUUAUGCGUUUCCAAAAUUCAGUUUGUUUUAACAACAAGGGUCCUUUCAAAAAAAUUUUUGACCGGUGCCAAUCACAUAAGCGUAUAAACCAAUUUUCAAUAUAAAAUUAUAUUCUCCAUUAAAUAAUAUAAUAUCAAUUGUUAUGUUUAAAUGAAAUUAUUUUUUCCAUAUUAAAAUCGGAAGGUUUUUUGCGCAACGAAAAUGAAAAAAAUUAAUGCAAUCUGACUACUGAGGGGGGAAAUUGGGGAUGGUUGCAGUUUUUGGGUGACAGCAGCAACUAUGCGAAAACCUUCAAAAAUCUAGAUCCCGUAGAUUUUUUACUUUUCAUUUUCUUUCCGCGAAAAACGUUCCGAUCUUCAGGUACAUUCUUAACCAUCAAUUCCACUUGCACAAAUAUACAUUA